CGACGGCGUUGUCCAGGACAACAAGAAACAGUGCGAAGUUUGAAAGUUUUUCUCGGCCAUUAGCACAAAUGUAGCCUCUUAGUCUAAUUCUUCUGUUUUUUUACACCAUGAGUCGUCUUUAUGACACAAUCGAGCCCUCUGUUAUCGAUGAGCAGAUGCUAAAAAAUGCUAUCGAGGAACAAGGGCCGAAAGGUGAAGCUGGAAGGAUAGCAAAACAGGAGGGAACCGACUUUGGAGAUGUACUUUCCCUCAGACUUGAUUUCAAAAGUAGGGGUUAAAUUUCCUUUAAAAGAGUGGAAAUACCUCCAGAAUUCUUGCGUAUAUUAUAUGUUUCUAUAACCGUGCGUUUAUUUUCUUUUCUGUACAAAGAUAUUUUGAAAAUCGACAACUUAUGGAGUCUAGUGAACCUGACCAAGUUGCAAAUGGACAACAAUAUCAUCGAGAGGAUGGAAGGCCUGGAUAUGCUCGUGAACUUGGAGUGGUUAGGUAGUUAGCUAUUUUAUAAUAAUGGCAUACACAUAACUUUACAAAAUAAGUAGCUAACCUGAAGCUUUAAGAUUAAGACAGAAACUUCCACGAAUACGUACACUUAACGCACUUAAAACCUACGUCUCCUUCUGCCAUCUGAGGGCAAAACCAAUCCGCCGUUGGAGAAGGGUUUGACGGAAGUUAAACGUUUAGACUGGUAGAGCAUUAAGAUUAAGUAACCUUUCCUUUGGGAAUUGGUAACUUCAUUAGAGAGUUGGGUAAGAAUUUAAUCUGCACAGCCCUAGACUUCAUUUAACCUUCAGUUCUUGGAUAAAGAUAGCAAAAGCGAAAAAUUAGAUUGACUUUGGUAUUGCAACUUUGUUUGGCAAUAGUAUGAUGCUGUACAGAAGUUUUACAGAAAUGAGAAACAUCCUUAGCCAUGUCUCACUUGAAGAACAACACUUUCAUCCAAACGACAUAUGGCAAUUUUUCUCUUUCAUGUUAAAUUUGAUACUCGUAUUCAAAUUUGUUAUCAUUUGAUAAAAGUCCAUGUAAUUAAAGCUGCAGUGAUGUGUUUAAAGCUAAAGUUGUUAGCAUUGAUAUCAGCCUAAUACUAACAAGUUAUGAUAACUUGAUAGAUCAAAAGUUUAUCAACAUCUAAAUUUGCUUGGCUUAACUUUGUUGCAGAUCUUUCAUUUAACAAUAUUGAAGUUAUCGAGGGACUGGAUAAACUAACCAAGUUGAAGGAUCUUACACUUUACAAUAACAGAAUAUCAAAAAUUGAAAACAUGGACUUUCUUACUCAGCUUCAUGUGUUUUCCAUUGGAAACAACAGCCUCAAACAACUGGAUAAUGUGAGUACAUUCCAGCAAUUGAUGGCCCACUGGUUAGCAAUACAUUUAUGGGAUAAAUGGGGAAUGGCAAAAUUGAAUUUUGUAUUAUUUAAUUUUUUGGAAGCCUUCAGAGAGUAUUUUCAACCAAAAAUUUUCUAGCAUUUUUUUCUCAAAUUGGAUUUUUUCAAGGAUUAAUUUCAUUUGAUUAUUUGUUUCCAAAAAAUUAGGCAAUAAUUUAAUUGCUAAUUAGAUUCUUUCUUACACAGCUAAUGUCAAGGCUCUUUCUCUGUAAAUUGGCCACUGCAAAGAGUAAAACAGCUGACAUUUCGAGCAUUACCCCUUCAUCAAUUUCUCUUACGAAGGGCUAACACUCAAAACGUCAGCUUUUUUACUCUCUAUGGUGGCCAAUUUACACUUUUAACUCAGUUAUUAGCACUAAAUUACCAGCUAUACUCUCCCACCAACGCAGCACCACAGUUUCUUUAAAAACUUAUCCCCUCUUUCUUUGUAAGUUAGUUUAUUAAGCACAUGAUAUUCAUAGGAAUAGAAAAAAACUAAAACACACAACAGUUUCCCAGGCGUAUUCCAGGGAACAAUAUAUACCUCAUAUUAAAUGAGUUCAAGGUCCAUACUGUCAGUUGCAGACCGUGUCUCUUUUUGCUUUGUCUAAUCGUGGUCCAAACAAAAAGAACACAGGCCUGAAAUAUGAGCAGAUAAAACCUGGUUUGAAUCUUAAACUUACAGUAAGGACCAAGGAAACAAGGUUGUUAGCCAAGGAUAUUUACUAUAUCUCUGGGUUCAAAUUCUGGUGAAACAUUUUAAUUCUCUGUAAUUUAGUUUAUUAAGCACAUAAUAUUUAUAGGAAUAGAAAAAGCUAAAACACACAACAGUUUCCCAGGCCUAUUCCAGGGAACAAUAUAUAUCUCAUAUUAAAUGAGGUCAAGGUCCAUACUAUCAGUUGCAGACUGGGUUUCUUUUUUGGCUUGGUCUAAUAAUUAGACCAAGCCAAAAAAGAAACCCAAGCAAAAAGGACGCAGGCCUGAAAUAUGAGCAGAUAGAACCUGGUUUGAAUCUUAAACUUAGAGUAAGGACCAAGGAAACAAGGGUGGUAGCCAAGGAUAUUUAUUAUAUCUCUGGGUUCAAAAUUUGGAGAAACAUUUCAAUUCAAACAAACUUUUGAAUUUAGGUGACAGUACAGUGAAAUACGGACCACUGAAUUGACCUGUCACAGGGCAUGUUCUUACCGAGAGAUAUAACAAUCCAAUUCAUCCAUGGGAUGCAAACUUUAAACUGAUCUCAUUAAAUAAAAAUGAUAAUGGUGCAAAUUUAAAUUGCCAGUAAUACCUUAAAGACAAUUUCAUCAAGAUUUAUACGUUAAAUUAAGGGAAAAUGUAUAAAAGUUUCCUGAUUCUUAUUGUGUCCAACAACAGUAUUCAUUACAAUCAUUUUUGGUCAUUUAGGUUGUUUAUCUCAGACGAUUCAAGUCCUUGAGAACUUUAAACCUCAGUGGAAACCCAUUUUCUGAGGAAGUUAAUUACAAAGAAUAUGUAAUUGCACAUCUAUCAGAACUUGUCUACCUGGACUUUCGUCUGAUCGAUGAAUCAGCCCGAGAAGCUGCAACAGAAAAAUACAAAUAUUCUAUAGAGGAAAUGGUCCAAAAUGAGACCAUAGCCAAGAGAAAACAGGAUGAAGUUGAAGAAAACCAAAAGGAGAGACAGUUGCACAAGGUACAUGUAUACCAAAAGGAGAACUCUAAUGGGUGGAAUUUGGCGGCAACUUCACCUGUACAAUGUUUGCUUCCUUUUAAUUUGAUCAAUAAGUAAAAGUAAUGGAUAGCAGGAAGGAGGAAGGAUUGGUACUCAGAUCUUUGGAGUUAAUGAUAAGAGCUCUUUUCAUUUGAGUGUUGUGAUAGAACCAAAACCAAAUUAAUCUCUGAUACUGACCAAUCAGAACAAAGGAAAAUACUGCGAAAAGCGGUCAGAGUUUUUUCCCCUCCUUUUUUGUCUAAAAAGUCAUUUGGUCAUUGUGUUGUGUUUUUAGGCAAGACACUUUACUCUCACAGUGCUUCUCUUCACCCAGGUGUACAAAUGGGUACCAGUAAAUGUGCUAGGGCUAACCCUGCGAUGGACUAGCAUCCCAUCCAGGGGGGAGUAGCAAUACUCCUAGCCUCUUCAUGCUAAGAAAACUGGAGUUAAGCAUCAGCCCCAUGGGCCACUUGGGCCCAUAGAAAGGCUUUUUGUCUAAAGCAAGGGGAAAUGCAUGUAUCGUGGAUCCAAUUAGAUUUAGUUUUGUAUUUGAUUGGUUGAAUCAGUGGGGCAAGUUUUUAAUGGGUCAAUUACAGAGGAAAGUUAGGCAAAACCAGGGCAAUCUCAGAUUGCUUUACAGACUCAGUUGAAAAUUGCCCUACCUCUGCCCUAGUAUUUCAUCCAGGUUGCUUUAGCCUGGAUGACAUUUUCAAAUUGAUCACCUGCCCAUACCUCCUUCAGGACUGAUAAACUUCACACAAUUAUUUUUCUACUAGACUUAUUGAAAUUCAACUACAAACACCUUUCCAUGUGGCUCUGAUUAUGACUUCUGUUUUAGUUUAUUGAAAAAUCAGACUGACAUUGACCUAAGUUUAGUUGUUGCAGUCUUUUGCAGGACUGUACCCUCCUUUGGGUGACCUCAUUGAACGACUGGUAUUUUUUCUUGUGUUUGUAUGCCCUUUGUUUCUAUUCUUAGCACACACUUCUCCUUUCAAAUUUUUAGAUGGCCUUUGUGGAGGACCUGAAUGGUCCAUGGCUCUUUGAAAGCAUGUAUGCUGAUGAUCCUGAGGCUGGUAAACUUGGGGCUCUUCCUGGAAUGGAAGAAAUCCUCAAUGGGUAUCCUUUACAAACAGCAUACAUUAUAGUAUGUAGCAACAUUGUUUAUUAAGUAAAUGGAUUUGUAUUUCAGAAUUGUACACCCAUGUAUUCCAAAUUAAGAUUACACACCUUUACUUAUGCAAGAUACAAUGAGAAGUUUACAGCAAUUUGCCAGGAAAUAUUCGAGUUUGGCUUGAAGGAGCAUGAAAAGAGAGAAGCAGAAAUUGCAUCAUUCUUUUCUUGUUUGGAAGAAGCAACGCAAGAAAACAACAACACAGGUGUCAAGCACAUUCAUAGCUACAUUGAGUACAAGAAAAAGGUAUGGAGUAUUUCUUUGUAAAUGGCAAGCAGAUAUACACGUGCAGUCAACGCACGAGCUAAAUGGCUCUUCCUUCCAGAGUUUACUUACACAGGAGUUCAAUGGUGUUAGCCGUCAAACGGCCUGAAAUUGAACCCCCCAAUUCCCCACCCCCCACUAAUAAGAACCUCAUAAAUGUGUUACGUGUUCAUAUGAGUUUGACUCUCUCCUGAACGGAAGGAUAAUCUAAUGAUGAUUGCAGAUUUCUGGUUAAUCUGCAUUUCGUUUUUCUGCGACAUGUCUUUCACCUUGAACUGCUAAACUGACCACUCUUUUAAUCUUGAGUGAACUUAAACAGUAUAUCGAAAACGACUGUCCCUGAAAGUAAGACUGCAUCUACAAGUUGUAUCUUUGCUUUAUUAUAUUUCUGUACUGCACACGACUUGCACAAAAGAGUACAUCAUUUAUUUUAUGCCUGUUGUACUGAGCCGAACUAGUAAUUCCCGAUUUUUGCAAUGAGUGCAAUCCUUAUGUUUCAUUUCAGGUAUUUUUGGACUAUACUAGCCUAACUGACCAGAGUCAUAUGGAAACCUUGAUGAAGGAAAUCGUUGAAGAAAUAAGAAAACUGUGGGACACACUAAUGGGACUGGAAAUGGAGCUGGUGGACCAGUUAGAGGUAAUCAACCUACGUAAUUGUAAGACAAUUUGUGUCUUUUAAUGAGUUAAUAAUGUAAAUUGACCACCGUAAAGAGCUUCUGAAGCUCAAGGACUUAAAUAACUCUUUACGAUGGCCAAUAUUCAUAAUCAACUCAGUUUUUAAAAUCAAAUAAUCUAGUAAUACCCUCUCCGACGCUGCACCACAGUUUCUUUAGAGACUUACCCCCUUUAUUCAACUUACUUAAAUCUAUAAAGGGGGUAAGUUUCUAAAUCAUUUGUGCUGCUGCGUCUGUGGGUGAAAAUAACUAGAUAAUUUGCUAUUAUUAGCUGAACUGAUAGCGUAAAUUGGCCACCGUUUAGAUUUUCAGUUUUAGCUUUGAAACGGUGGCCAAUCUACUUGAAUCUAAUUUGUUGAUAAAAAUCAGUGCCUGAACUGAUCCAGAACUUCUUCAGAAUUGCACGAAUCUGGCACGCGCCGGAGAAAAAAAGCAUAAACAGACGGCUUUAAUGCUAGUGGUUAUAAAGAAUUAAAAAACGCGCCGAAUGCAUCGUUGUUAUAUAAGCAUUAGGGAAUUUUUAAGAACACUCGAGAAGUGAGAAGAAGUAAAAGCCGAAGGCGAAUGCUUCUCGCACUUUUCGAGUGUUUCUAAAAAUUCCCUAAUGCUUAUAUAACUCAACGGUGCACGAGGAGCAAGGUUUUUUAAUUUCUUUCAUAAAAUGCAUCGUGAAUUGCGCGCGCUCGUACCGAUGACGUUGGCUGCGUGCACUAUAUCUCAACAGUGCACUCGUCUGACGUAAGGCGCGUGCUUUAUGGAAAUAUAAUUAACUCGUUCUGACCAAUAACGGCGCGCGCAUUUUUCUGAACAUUUUAUAAAGACUUAUAAAUGACUAUUCAAAUAAAUAACACGUGUAUCUCAACAUACAGGACACAAUUAAAGACUUUGAAAGGAACAUGGCGGACCUUGUGACCGCAUUUGUAGAACACGUGCAAGGAUUAUAUCCUUUACUGGAGACUUGUGGGUAAAUCAGGGAAUUUUAAGAGUGUGCUUGAGAAUAUACCAAGCAAUAGCUCUUGAAUCUCGGUCUUUUUUUUCAAGGCCAAUUGGAAUUUAGGUUAGAACCAAGUCAAUGCAGCGGUUUCAUUAGUGUGCUUUGGGUGGGGUCAGUAAGGUUUACAGGGACUUAACCGUAUUGCUAUAUGCUUUUAUUCAAUUAUCUUACUUCUUUGCUUUUUGAUUCCCCCGCCCUCCCUUCCUCACACUUUGUGGGCAAGUAUUCGUUCCACAUUCGGGCGUUGAGUUGGCAGGUGCCUUCAGGUUGCUAGGGCCAGAUUGCCGUUGAGACCUUUUCGUUUAUGAGAUUGUGAACCUCCUGUGCUGGAACUGGUACUGGUACUGGAACUUAACCUCAACUACCAAUGACAAAAUGUUUAAUCUGACAAAAAAUGCACUGUUAUUUUGUCUAAGAGCGUUUAAGCGAAAACUGCAAGCAGAUGUGCUUCGUAGUUAGUAGAACUGAAAGACGUGAAAUAAGUUUCCUCCUCGAGCCCCUAUCAGCUGUGCCUUGCAUUCUUUGUCCUUAACUUUGUUCACAAUGACGCAGUUACGUGACCUGGAAAACGCACAUCACGAAAAAACGUCAGAUAUCGCUGUGGUCACACUUGAAAAACUGAUGAAAAACGAGCUGGAAGAAGAUCUGCCUGAUGACUUGAGAAUGGUAAGUUGGCUUUGGUUUAAUAGGUGCCGGAACUUAUCUGGAAAGAUGAAAAAACUGGCGUACGUUUUAGAUGAAGUUUUAUCUUUGUCGUGCUGACUGGAUUAACUAAAAAGAAAUAUAACAAACAAACCUAGCUGAAAGGUAUGGAUAUGUUUUUUUUUCUCUUUUUGCGGCAGCUACAUACGCCUUUUUUCGCAGUGCGUCAUGUAACCCUUUAACCCCUAAGAAUGACUAGCGUCUAAUUUCUCCUCACAAUAUCACCCCCUAAAUCAAACAUUAAGGUCACGAGAAUAAUGGAAAUGAUCACUCACUAAAGAAGCUCUUGAUUGUUAAAGCAAAUCUCCUUGUCGGUACCUUAAGAAAUGUACGAUGAACAGUGUGGAGAAUAUUAAUUCUGAUAUUAGGGUGUAAAGGGUUAAAUGAUUGGAACGAAGCAGAAUUUAGCGUUGCUUAGGAGCAAAAAAGAAAACCAAACUUUGAAUUCCACACGCUUGGGAAAAAUCUAGAAGGUUUCACCCAAAACUGAGUACCGCCAAUCAUGGAAUGAACUGAAGAAUCUCGUAUCCAAUAUAUCUGGUAAGAUAGAAGUCUGAUGGUCAAUUUUCGCCCUCAACAGUUCAGAUUUGGAAUGGCUAAGUUUCAUUAUUUUUUGGUCCGUAUUUUUUUUUUCGUUGUCGUCGAAACUAAUUGUGUUGUUGCUUGUUUCUCAAAGCUAUUUGUUGACAAGGACACACUAAUGAACGCCGUCAGUGCUUCUCAUGAUACGCACCUUCUAAAGAUUGAUAACAAGGUAGAUAAAAAAAAUGCUGUCGUUUUUGACCUUGCUGUGUUCCUUUUUGGGUUUGUUGUUGUAAGUUUGAAUAAUCAAAGGCUUUUCCAAGGGUUUACCAGCAUUUACGCAUUAGGUGUAAAAUCUCGCCAAAGAAAUUUUUCUCUUUUCAUGGGAAAAGCCUUUGGUGCCCUUUCUUUUUCACGUCGCUAGUUUUUCGUUCAUACCACGCUAAUGACAGCGUAGUGAAACAGUACAUAAGUGUGUGUGGUCAAAUUCCCCCUGAAUACGUUUUCUAUACUUUUCUAUAAUCUAUCUUGAUUUUAUGUCGUAAAAAUCAGGUGUCUUCCUGAAUUCAGUACUUACGGACCAAAUUCUCCAAACCUGCUUUGUUAUUUUUGCGAGAGAGAGGUUGAGAGAAUUUAGUCUUAAUCAUUAUGGUGCAUUUCUAGGAGGAUGAUAUGUUAACCAGAGCAACCACCAGAAUGCAAACUCUUAACGAGAAGAUCCACAAUGACGAGGUGUUAAGAAACCGCAAAAGAGUUUCCGAGAUAAACAACUUAGUGGAUCACUUUAGAGAUGAAGCUGAGAGUUAUGAAGUCACGGGGCCCAUGUAGAGCGUGACACCUGCUUUCGUCACCUUAGUGUAAACCCCAAGACUAUUAUGAAGUUUAUCUGACCUGCGAUGCGUCGUAACUGGUGAGAAUACUCACAAAGCUCUGGCGACGAUAACUGACAACACGUUGAAAUGUUUUAAUGUUAUGUUGCUUUUACUCGUACAUACACAUAUUCACGUGUUGUUGACGCUCUGGGUUAUGUCGAUAUGAUGUCUGUAUAGGGGAUUUAGACGACCCUCUGCUACGAAUUUCGGCUUUGUAAGUGUACGUGUAGGAAUUGCUUUUUGAGAAAACUGUUAAAAAUUUAAGAAAAAUAUCCCUGCAAUGUUUUUGCUGUCAGUGGCGCCCGCCCAUUGCUGUUCACCGUGCAGAUCAUCUGUUCAGCAGGUAAAUCGGGUAAUCUACACCCCCCACACCACUCUAACGCGGAAAAUCAGAUAACAAAAAGGCGCGUCUAACAAAAGGCCAAAGGUUUUUGUUUGAGGCGGUUUUGUUAAUUAAUAUAGCAUCUUCCAUCUCUCUAAUUCGUUGAGGUUCCAAAAUCUUUUGUGUCGGUAUUUAGUGUGCAAAUAAGCUUUGUUUUUGUGCCAUAUCAAUUGUAAACAUGUUAAGUACACAUACAUUUUAACUUGUAAAUAGCAAACUGUUUAAUUAGGAGUUUUUGACGUGUUUGAACAUCCUUGUUUGCAAGCUGUGUUCAUGGAAUGUAAAAAAAAAAUAAGUUUGGCUAAACACAUGGUUGAAAGAUGCUUUAGUUAAACUAAUCUUCCUUUCUGAGAUAGACCCUGAGGCAUAUUUUUCUUGAAUUGUCGUAAGAAAUCAUCCCCUGUUUAGCAUCUCGAGUGUAAUUCUUGAAUAUUUUUUUCUCAAAAAGUAUAGCGGAAAGAAGUAAUGAAGGUGGUAAAUGAAGAGGAUAUUUUCGAAGACAAAUUGAGCACUGAAAUUUAGCCUUAUCAAUCCUGAAGGCAACAUUAACAUUGAUUGUUUUUUACUUAUAUUGUAACUUUACGAUGAUCAUCAUAAUCGAAAUUUGCACAGCCUGAAUGUUUUGUCUUAACGAGUUUUGCUCAUUACAUUUUCAACAGAUACAUUUUUUCUGUGAUGUCGAUCAGCAAUCGAACUUUGUGAGCUUGUUUGUAAGAUUUCAAGGGUGCGUUUGUCACGUGCACUGGCAAUCGCUUGAAAACACCAGAUUUUGCUGCAGGCAUUAGCGUUAAAUCCAUUAUCCAUUUAUUGGACUCUUAGAAGGAGUUGCAUAGAUUAACCCUCA